AUGAUCGAAUUUAUUGUCAAGGGAUUCGACGUGUCGAACGCUUUUUACGACUUUCAGUGCGCUGUGAAUCUGAGGAUCGCCAAGGGAAAUUUGCUUAUGUUUGAAUCACACGUUCAGCAUGUUCUGGCACUAUCGUCGAUCUUCUUGAUAAAACCACGAGGAUGUUACUGCUCAUAUUCCUCGCGAUAA